AUCAGGUCAGUAAAACCAAACGCACCGUGCGCAGAGAAAAUAUCCUGGGAGAGGCUGCGGGGAGGGUCGCUUGGUGUUUUGCUUCUUUCUCUGAUGAGCUGCUCCAAUGUUGCAGCUCGUAUGGUUUUAGGGAGAGAAUUGUUUGACAUUAUAACAGAAGAAGAAAAAAGUAAAGACGACUGGACCAGCGAGAUAUCUUCAGGUUUGGUGGUUACAUGCUUGGUGUUCUUUGACUUUGAGGAAAAACUACUCUACCAAGCAGCAGGAACCAUGGAUUUUGUAAUGAAGCAAGCAUUGGGUGGGGCCACCAAGGACAUGGGUAAGAUGCUCGGUGGGGAGGAAGAGAAGGAUCCGGAUGCAGCUAAGAAAGAAGAGGAGCGACAGGAGGCACUGAGGCAACAGGAGGAGGAGAGAAAGGCCAAACAUGCCCGAAUGGAGGCAGAGAGGGAAAAAGUACGACAGACCAUCAGGGACAAGUACGGCUUGAAAAAGAAAGAGGAAAAGGAGGCGGAGGAGAAAGCAGCCAUGGAGCAGGCAUGUGAGGGAUCGCUGACACGCCCAAAGAAGGCAAUCCCGAGAGGCUGCGGAGACGACGAAGAGGAUGAGGAGAGCAUUCUCGACACUGUCCUUAAGUACCUUCCCGGACCUCUACAGGAUAUGUUCAAGAAGUAAAACAGAAAAACAAAGCGAAUCAAACGAACCCUAAAUUUAGGGUCCGUUCUGGCCUGGGGCCAGGCUGCAGGGCGAUGGGGAAGCAGGGAUCUUUGUGUCGGGGGCUUUGGGUCGAGAUUAUAUGUCAAAUGGCUUUGAUUGUAGAUGUUUGAGUUUCAAAAUUUGUCAGGAGGAUAAAGGAUCUGGGAGGGGGCGGGGUUUCUCAAACUAUUAGAGGCUGCACACUGCCUUUGUAGAGACAUUUUACUUAUUUCUUUUCUACUCUUCAAAGAUUUUAUUGUUUGAAUUUUUGGUUUUUCCUGCAUUAUCCUUUCAAUUGCCAGGUAGUGCAUGUUUUACCCUUUUCUUACUUUUAUUGUGUAUUGAUUUAGAUUGAAGCAUUUGUCACAUUCCUUUAAUGGAGAACAACAUUCCACAGUGCACGCAUUUUCAAAGAGCACUGCCACCACGUUUUCCAGCAAGCUUCAGUCACCAUAGUGGGCGUUUUCUACUUUUACAACCCUAAAGAAGGCCUUUCAAUGACAUUUGCUACAUUAGAAACGUUUUUAGGACAUGUGCCUUCAUACCAUCUCCUCUUGCAGAGGAAGUCGUAAGUGAGGGAUUAAUCUGUGAGUCAGUGUAGUGGUUCAAAGACAGUUUUUGGAAUGAUCUAUUUUGUGUUAAAAUAGCACUAUUUUUCGCACAAAGGUGUUCAGGAAAUCCUUCAAGAGGCCGUUUUGUUUCACAAAGAAAUUGCCAACAGCUUAUUAGACUGCCAUCAAGUAAAAACAAAAUGUUAAGCAGGCUGAAAACUAGAAAAUUUUAUAUUCAAACAGAUCUUCCAUAACCCUUUGACUAAUUUCAUGUUUGUUUGUGUAACAGAUGUAAAAAGUAUAAACAAAGUUAGCAGUCUGAUUCACUUAGACAAUCAAACAACUCAACCCUGAAACGCUUGGGAGUAUCUCUUACUCCUAUCAUUGAUGGUUGACAAAUAUUUGCUCAUUUAGAUCACAAACUCAUGCUUUAUUAUAUUUUUUCACUAUUAUAUUUUAAUGUAUAUUACUUAUAAGGCAACAAUUGAAAGUACUGUUUCUUUUAUUUUGUUAAAGUGCUGCAAAAAUUUAUUUCAGUGCAACCAAGAUUGUUAUUUUUCGAUGUUCACCUCAAGUGAAGCUCAUCGACAUCAAGACCAAAGAAAUCCUGGUGAGAUCUCUCUGUUUCUUUCGUUGCCACCAGUUUGCUUGCUGGUGGAAAAACUCUGCCGUACUGCGUAGAAAACAAAAGUUUAGGCCAAGCCGGAGAGGAACGGGUGUGUGAGCUGUUGCAUCUCACUGCCUGAAGAGCUGAUAGUACUUCACUUUCCUGCAUCUUUUAGUCUGAAAAAAAAGACUAUAGUGAUUCGUCACGUCGUAUUUGAGUAGAUGUACUGUAAUUCAGCAACAAUCUCUAGUGAAAGUACUUGAAUAUAUGGACGUUCAUGGGUAAAACAAAGCAUGUCGGUCAUUCCUAAACAACCUGAUGGCGAGUCAGUGGUUAGUUAAGCAGCUUGUGUGAUUAAUACAUUGUUUCAAUGUAAAUAAAUUUAGAGAUUAAUAGGACUGAUAAUGAAGCUGCACACUGUAAAACCUGUUCCUUUACUUUACUCAUUUUCUAGCUCAGAUAGGAUUUUUCACUAGACAAAGCCAUAUUGUUUAGACUGCAAUAAUUACUUAAAAUGAUUUAAAAAAAACAGUAUACUUCAACAUUGAAGCUGUCUGUUUGUUUUCUGUUAUAAAAUUAGACAAAAUGUUUCUGUUUGUAAAUCUUCACCACUAUCUUGUAUACUUUAUGUAUACGCAAGAAAAAUAUAUAGAAAAAAGAAUCCAUUGCAAGAAGUGUCUCUGUGUAUUAUAUGUGAACUGUAAGUGUGUGCGUGUUUAUAUGUGUCUUUCUACAUGUCUGUGAUGUGAGACCAUGUUGUUGAGUCACAUAGUCCUUGUUUAAAACUGUAAAUGUGUCUUUGAGCUAUAAUGUGCAGAGGAAGAAGCUGAUCUUGUCUCCUAGUUGUGCCAUGCCUGAAGAAGAAAAAAAGAUACUCAACACAUUCCUUCUAGAUAUUGAGCAUGCAAGUGUUUGGUAGAGACAAGAGUAAACUGAAUGUCACACACAAAGAAAUAUGUGUUUAAUCUUGAGCUGCUGUUUCUGUAGGAGUCUCUAGGCAACAGAAUCUGUGCAUUGAAUCCAGAAAAUCAGAUCUAUCUGGGGCUUGAGGAGUCUUUCAUGUUUUUUGCUUUCUCAGUUAAAUAAGUGGAGAGUUUUUAGUUUGUAUUUUUUGGAUGUUAAGCAAAUAUAAAGGCAUUGAGAGCAGGGAAAUAAUUCAUGUGAUUUCAAAAACACUGCCCCUUUUUGCUCCCUAAUUUGAAUAAAAAAUAGAAAGAAAAAACAUAACAAAGAGGCAAUUUCCACUACGAAACUGGUGCAAGUCCUUCCUUAAGCACCGGUUCUUGCCACUUCCCCUCCCACGAUUUGGGCAGUGGCCCUAAUAAACUGCUGUUUUCUUGACUUAAAUUUAUAACUGGAGGAUUUGGAAGAGGUGAGACCAACAAACAAGCACAAUUAAUGAGCAACAUUUUCAAAACUUGUCCUAAAAAUUCAGGACCAAAGCACAAAUUUAUAAUUAAUGUGGGUUAGGAUUGGAAUCACUAACUGUGUCUUAUCUUCCAGCCUUUUUUUUUUUUUUUUUCCCCUCCAGGGGGUCUUUUUGUGGGCUCUAGUGUCCCUUAAAUGACAGUAGGCUGACAGGAAAGGGGGAAGGAGAGAAGGGAAAAACAUGUGGCAAAUGUCAGUCAGGUCCGGGAAUCGAACCCGCGACAGCCGCGUCGAGGACUCAAGGCCUCCAAAUGUGGGUUGCGCUACCCUCUACGCCACCACAGCACACCCGUCUUCCAGCCUUUUAAAUUUAAAUCCAAAAUUAUUCAUAAACCUGGCAGAUUUAAAAUUCCAAUCAUAUUUUGUCCAACUAAGAAAUCUAUUUCUGAUAAGAAAUGAGAUGGGCAUCUUCUUUAAAAAAUAGCAAAAAAUGUAAAAAAGGUAUAAGUUGACAAAAUAAUUUAUUAACAAUACAUUAUAAUUGCUGACCAGCAGUUUGUAUAUUUUCACCAGUCUUUGAGAUCCAGGUUUUUGAGAUUGAAACGCCUCAUUACCAUCACCCUAAUCUUUAGCUCGCUUCAAAGAUUCUCAGGCUGGACUGGCCAGAAUAGUGUCCCAGGAGUUUCCAAAUGUUCUCUAGCGAGCUUUAAACUUAAUACUUUUUUCUUCAGCAGUGGAGUCUUGUGCAGUCAAAGUACAAGAGACCAUUGUAACUGUGUGCUGUGUUAUUGGUUUGAUGGAAAAUUACACCUGAUGUUUUUUUCUAAAGCUUUAAUCAAAUGUUAAUGGGCUGUUUUGACUCCUCUGUCAAAAAUCUAUGCUUUUUGCUUAUCAUGACAUGGUUCUUGUGUAACGCGUUUGUAAUCAGAAAGAUUUUUACAGGCCAAAAGUUUGAACUAGUAGCUACUAUAUGAUGCAUUUCUUUAAAUACCUGGUUUGUUGGGUUAUUGCCAACAUCUUGUAACAAAUGAAAGGCAACAGGCCAGUUGGAAAUAUAUUCACUGAAAACAAACAUUAAACAUGUGUUUAACGCUUUUGUUUUAUUUAAUGCAUUCCACUUUCACUGGCUAAUCUGAGGAUAAUCCCCUGCAUUAAUUACUUCCAAGCAAAGAUUCCUUAAAUAUCUUGUGCUUCAAAGGACAGGCCCCUCUCACCUGCUGUACUUGGGAAACCUUAAAUACACCUACACAUGGGAGCUAGGAAAAAGAGAUUUGACUACCAUUUGUCAUUGGCCCUUUGUGGAAACAACAGCCAUACAUUGUCUGUAUGUAACAUAGUCUCUCAGCGGGACUCAUCUCAAGGCGUCACGGCAUGUGAACUGUCUUUGAAAAGGGCUAUUUCCACAUUGUUAAUGUGAGGUUAGUGUGGCAUUUCUGUUGCAUCCUGCUUUAUAAGAUACAUAAAAACCAAUGAGUAGUUUAAUGCAUUUUUUUAAUGGCUAGAAAAAAAGACAAUCUAGGAAACAUUCGUGUUUUAGUAGGACAGAAGCAUAUUUAGGAGUGUGAGAGACAAAAGAUUCUGACAGGACAAGAAAUGAUGCCCAGAUACAUCAGCUCCCUCCUGAUAUUCCUCUUUAACAUCCUAAAUGUUUAUGUGAUCAUUAGUGGGAAAAGCAUAAACAAAAAGACUGGAUUGUCAAAGCAUGUUCUGUUGUCAGGAGCCCCAGAAACAAAUAUUUAUAAACAUCAGUUCUUCUUCUAGUCAAAAACAACUAAAUUAAUGAACAUUUUUGUAGAGUGAAGAAAAAUCUUUGAAUAAAGUUUAGCUUGUAUGGAAGAUGUCACAAAAUCUGUCUUAUUUCUAACAUUUUGAUAUGAACUUACUGCCCUGCUGAAUCCUGCCAGUAAAUGAUGCAAGUGCUCAGUCAUCGUCAUGUUUACUCUCCCUGUAAGGACAGGAGAUAUUCUGAUAAACACUUGAGCAACUUUGAACACAUUCCAGUCUUUGUUGGCAUUUGCACUACAAUAUGUUAAUAUUGUUACACUGACUGAUUUAUUGGCAUCUGCAAAUCACUCUUGCUUUUAGCAUCUGCAAAUGAAGAAGGCGGAAAAGAGAGGAAGUGAGCAGCUUUUUUAAAACUUUAAACUGGUGACGUGUGUCCAAUUCAAAAUACCUAAACAUAAAUCCCUGAAUGUUGUUGCUUUGAACUUUCUUUUCAGUUCUUCAUUUGUUAUUCAGGGUGAAAAUUAUUCCAGGGUGAAGAAUGUAAAAUAAGAGUAUACUGUGUUUUUUAUUUAAUUUUUUUCUUAAAUGCAUGUCAUGUACUCAGUGUGGAGCCCAAUCACUGUAAACUACAUCAUCAAUGUAACUGAAUCAUUCUUUUUGGAAACUAAAUGCAUUAAACAAAUAAAAGACAAGAAGGUUUAUAAAAAUC